AUGCGAGGCCCACCUGCAAUGGUGGAGCGGGACCGCAAGAGCAUUUGGUGGCCGGGGGCCGCAUCCGAGCUGCUCAUCAUGCUGGACGCCAUUCGCCGUGGGGCGGCGAAUCGCGUCACGGCCAUCAUCCCGUUGUAUGGCUAUGGCCGGCAAAACGCGAAGGAGAAAAGCCGCUCGCCCAUCUCGGCGCGCCUAGUGACGGAUCUCCUGCAGGUUGCCGGAGCACACAGGGUGGUGACUGUGGAGCUGCAUGCCAGCCAGAUCCAGGGUUUUGCUACCUUCCCCAUCGACAACAUGUACGCUCUCCCGAUGUUGGCCAAAGAAGUUGAGAAGGUAAUGCAGCAGAGAGGGCUCACUGCGGAUGACCUUGUUGUCGUCAGCCCGGACGUUGGCGGCACCAAGCGAGCUUCAACCCUGGCCAAGCUGCUCUGCUGCCCCUUGGCAAUCUUCUCCCGGCAACGGAGGAGGCCUAAAGAGCCGGCGGAGGUGGACUUGGUGGGGGAGGUGCAAGGGAAGACCUGCAUCGUCGUGGACGACCUGGCGGAUACCGCGGACACUCUGUGCCAAGCUGCGGAUAAGCUCAAGGCUCGCGGCGCCUCUUCAGUGCUGGGCGCAGUGGUGCACGGCAUCCUCUCGGACCCGGCCUGUGAGAGCAUCAUGACGUCUCAGCUGGAGACGGUUUUCGCGCUGCGCCCGGAGUGA